GUAUGCUGGUGUGGGUAUCACACUUAGAGAACCGUUGUACUAUUUUGUUUAAUCCUCUUAAUGAGCUAGGUAGCCAUUCGUCUCUGUGAGGUAAGUACUGUUACUCUUUCCAUUUUCCAAGUGGUCUAAAUACAUGCUUGUUUGAAUGGGUUAGUGAGUUCUGGCCCCCUCUCCUUGGCAUCAGGAAGGGAAAUGUCCGUGUAUUUAGCCUUGCAAGGGGGGCCUGUCAUCAUUUCCUUGAUGACCGCCUGAGGCUCAGAGAGGUUACAUGAUUUGUCCAAGGUAGCACAGCGAUUAGAGGGAGACGCUGGCGUUGAACCAGGUUUCUCUGAAGCCCCACCUUUCCCCACCCUCUCAGGUGGAGAGGAUGUCUAGUUUCUGACCUCAGACAUCGCUUCAGGAAAUCCUGUCCGUAGCUUCAGAGCUCAGCAAUCUCUGGCAGGUAUGGCUGACCAGUUCCCCACAUAGCUGGCUGAGAUCCAGUUAUAUCCUCAGGACCACAGAGCCCCGGCCUCCCACUUAGGUCUCCUGCUGCCCACGCUGCUGCCUUGAUCUGCAGCCUGAUAAAGGCUGGGCCGCAGGCAGCAGGGCUCAGUAAGCCUGGCUCCUUUGGUGGCCUCCCCAGAAGCCCUGUGGCCAUGACACAGCUGCUUCUGCUGAUUGUGGCUCUCCUGGUCCUGGGUCAUGUGCCACCAGGGAGAAGUGAAUUCAAGCGGUGCUGGAAAGGCCAAGGGGCCUGCCGAACUUACUGUACGAGGCAUGAAACCUACAUGCACAUGUGCCCAGAUGCCUCCCUGUGCUGUGUCGCCUAUGGAAUCAGGCCUCUGCCCUCUAAGACUGAAUCUGUGUAGCUGGUUCUGGGCUGAUACCCUUGCUCUCCAAUAAACACCUGCUGCUGCCCGUCUCCUCUUGCUUGCUCACCACCCUGCCACCCUCAUGCUGGGGAUGUGGGGGUGGGCAAGGUCCCGUAUGGGAGGGAUAGAGGGUUGGUUGGUGGAGAGAGGGGAAGUGCCCGGGGAGAGUGGGUAUUAAUGACUGUUGUAAAUGGUUCCGGUCCUGCCUCUAUCCCUUCCACUCUGUCCAACUCGGGAAAGAUUACUCAAUCUCUGUAAGCCUCCUGGGUCUCCUCAUCCGUGAAAUGGGGAUAAAUUAUAAUAUCAUGAGAUUUGGAAUUUAUAGAAGGAAUGCCAAA